AUGUCGUCGUCUCUCUAUACGUUUUCAACAGAAACGAUUCAAAAGAUCCGUAAGUUUCGGCUCUCUGGUUCCAGAGCCGCAUCUGUUUUGGGUCAAAUCUACAUGAUCGAUGCGAAGAGUUAUGAGGUGAAAUAUGAAGAACCCGAUGAGGUAAUCGACUCUUUAGAUGCUUUGGCGGAAGAAUUGCCCGACAAUACUCCUCGAUUCAUUUUACUUAACUAUCCGUAUAAGUCAUCGGAUGGCCGAUUGGUUUCUCCAUUAGUUAUGUUGUAUUAUAGACCGUCUACAGCCAGACAGGAAAGUAAAAUGUUGUAUGCAGGAUGUUUGGAGCUCUUCAAGGAUAAGGUUUCACCUAAUAAGUUCUUGGAGGUGGAUAAUGAAGAAGAUUUCGAGGAAUUGGAUCAAGAGAUUAAGUCUUAA